AUGCAGCAGGAAAAGGCAGCGUGGGAGCUGUACGCUAAUAUACCCGACCCGCUUCAUUGGGUUGCGUCCAUCGGCGACCAUGUCGCCAUUCGACAGCUCGUCAGUGGCAGUGAUGGAGCAAAGAUGAUUCCAAGGAGCGAACAAGACUCGUCGGCGAGGACUCCCUUGAUGAAAUCUUGUUUCUGGGGGAAAGGCACAGCAACGCAACAGCUGAUCGCUGAAUAUCAUCAGAAACCUCGUCCUGAACCGCUGCAGAUCAAUCAGGAAGGGCAAAAUGUCUCAUGCCCAUCGACUUUGCAUGACGAUUCUGGCAUAGCAGGGGGAAACAUGCAGACCGUUCGAAUGAUGCUCAAGAAACAUGGACUGGACGUGAGUCAUCGAGACAUCUCGGGGAAGAACGUCCUGCACGUUGCGGCACAGCAUUGUCAAAGUUCAAUCCUCAGCCUGCUCCUGAAACUCGGACUCGACGUCAACUUGCAAGACAAGCAUGGCAGAACUCCUCUCCACCUCGCAGCCUCUCUUCAUUCAGCGUCCCUACACUCAGUCUUGUCGUCAUCGGCCACCGGGACAGGCAAAUUCAAGAUGGUGAAGCUCAACAGACCUCCCUUGCCUGGCGUCAACUUUCCUCUGCCGGUCAACAAAGGCAAGAACCUUGUGGACAUAGAGAAAGAGUACCUACGAACGUGGAAGAAGACGGAUGGAAUCAGGCCAUUUCCAUUGGAGGAGCAGAUCAAGUGCUGCAGCGCCCUUUUGCAUGCGGGUGCGGAUCGACAGAUUGCUGACGAGCAGGGUUUGAAGCCGAUUGAUCUGUGUAACAACAAGGAGGAAUCCUUGACCUCGAUCCUCAAACCGGAAGAAGCUGAGCCAUGA